CGCAUCCCAUGAUUGCACGAAUCCUCUUAAAACAAACAAAAAAUAAAGAAAGAAAGAAAUAACUUGAAGCUGAGCGCCAGAGGUCCCGUCCACCAGAUUCACAAGUGCUCCGGGGGCUAAUCCACAACAAGGGUUAGACAGCAGCUGUCGAGAGGCUCGUGGAUCCGGGCAACAUGAUGUCAUCGCGCCGCAUCCCCUCGCGCUCUUUUUCACAGUUCCUUGGCAGUCAUGUAAAUAGCUCGACAUAAUCCUUGUCUCCGAGGGAUUUCUGAUCAAACAGGGCUCAGUGUACCAUCCUGUCAUCACCCGGGCCCUAUAGAAUAAUCCCUCAUGUGAUCCGGGGACUGUGGGGGAGUGCGGGCAGCGGACCACACCCUCCCCAGGCUUAGUCUGCAUUCUCACAAAACUGGAGGCUUGAGUAAAUAUUUCCAUAACAAACUGACAGUGUUUGUAAUCCCUCCUAAUGAAAUGCAUGCCCCGGUGUAAACCUCGCCUGUUGUGCAAUUAAUGCCCCCCAACACUCGGCCCCCAAGAAAGCCAAGAAGAGGGCUGGAGACGGAGCCAGCUCCAACGUGUUCUCCAUGUUCGAACAGGCCCAGAUCCAGGAGUUCAAAGAAGCUUUUACCAUAAUGGAUCAAAACAGAGACGGUUUCAUUGACAAGAACGACCUGAGAGACACUUUUGCAGCUUUGGGACGUUUAAAUGUCAAGCAAGAAGAGAUUGAUGACAUGCUGAAGGAGGCACCAGGGCCGAUAAAUUUCACCGUCUUCCUCACCAUGUUCGGAGAGAAACUAAAGGGCGCUGAUCCGGAGGAGACCAUCCUGAACGCUUUCAAAGUCUUUGACCCGGAGGGGACAGGAGCGUUAAAGAAAGACUUUAUUACAGAGAUGUUGACGACCCAGGCCGACAGGUUCUCCGCUGAAGAGAUGGAACAGAUGUUUGUGGCAUUCCCGCCAGACGUAGCGGGAAAUCUGGACUACAAGAACCUGGUCCACAUCAUCACACACGGUGAAGAGAAAGACCAGGAGUAGACUCAUUGUUCCUGAAGGAGCCCGCUGGACUAAACCACCAACCACAAGAUCGUGUUUGUGCCGAGAUGCCCGAUCAGACGGACUGACGCAGAAAUAUCAAGCUAAAAUAAAUAAAUCACCUUUCCGCUUUUAUAACUGAAUGAUUAAGUUUAAGGUUAAUGCCUCAUAUUUCACACCGUGUUCAUGUAAUCUCUGUGUUUUGGUGAAACUAAAAACUGUAUGUGUCCACAGAAAGUGUUUAAAAAUGAUAUUAAAUGCUGUGAGAUGUGUUUUAGCUGAAUGAAUAAAGGACGGGAUGGUUGAUGUUUC